UGUUUGAGGCUUUGGGGAAGGGAUUGACAGACACCGCAUGUACUGCUGGAGCUGCCCAUGCUGUGGAAUAACAUUGACUUAGGGUAAAGGUGUGUGUGGACACCGCCCGUCAGUGCACAAGCAGCAUGUGAUGCCACAGCAGCUCCCGUAUUCUGUCCAGCAUUGUGUUUAUUGCGAGUGGGGAGCCCCUCCCACUCCGAGGACAUGUUUGAAGUCAAACCCCGGGCGGUGGAGAAGAAAGAGUCGAGCACAGAGACAGAUGAGGGGCUGGGCAGCAGCGGGAGGCAUUAUGGCUCUGGCUCGCUGGGAUCCGGUUCGGCCGGUUCUGUCUACCUGUCCGACAGCCAGGACUGGGUGGUGUCCCCGAGCUGCUCCCCGGACGAAGGCCCCGUCCAGCACAACGCCAUCUCCCCCAUGUUGGCCGAGGAGACCUUCCGCUACAUGAUCCUCAGUGCCGAUCGGGUGGAGCAGAUGACCAAGACUUACAAUGACAUCGAAGUGGUCACGCACCUUUUGGCUGAGCGGGACAGAGACUUGGAGCUGGCAGCUCGGAUCGGCCAGUCGCUUCUGCAGAGAAACCACCUGCUGCAGGAACGAAACGAGGCCGUAGAGGAGCAGCUCGCACAGGCUCUGGACCAGGUCCACCAGCUGCAGCAUGAGCUCAGUAAGAAGGACGAGCUGCUGCGGAUGGUGGCCAGCGCCUCGGAGGAGAGCGAGACCGACUCCAGCGUGUCCACCCCCCAGCGGCAGCCUCAGCCGCCGGGGGGAACCACCGCCGCCGCCGCUCUCAGCCAGCUGGAGUUUCUGCAGAACAAGCUGCAGGACCUGGAGGAGGAGAACCUGUCACUGAGGUCUGAGGCGUGUCAGCUGAAGAGAGACACCAUCACCUAUGAGGAGAAGGAACAGCAGCUGGUCAGCGACUGUGUCAAGGAGCUACGUGAGUCCAACAGCCAGAUGGUGUCUCUGACGGACGAGCUGUCUCAGAAGAACGAGGAGCUGCUCAGGCACCAGGAGGAAAUCGCUCAGCUGCUCUCACAGAUCGUGGAGCUGCAGCACAGAGUGAAGGAGCUGGCUCUGGAGAAAGAGGAGCUGAGGAUCCACCUGCAGGCCUCCAAAGAUGCUCAGAGGCAGCUCACAGCGGAGCUGAACGAGUUGGCGGAGAGGAACGCCGAGUGUGUGGAGAUGCUCCACGAGUCCCAGGAGGAGAUCAAGGAGCUGCGCAAUAAGAACACUCCCUCUGCUGGGAUGCGACGGCACAUUUCCUACGGCCUCUACCCCAUGGACUCGCUGGCAGCAGAGAUCGAGGGCACCAUGAGGAGAGAGCUGAGUGUGGAGGAGGAGACCGCCUUUCAGGACCAAAGAAUUUCCCAGAAGCGAGUCUUCCAGACGGUCCGCUCUGUCAACGCCUCGGCAUCGCGUCCAGCUUCGGCCACCCCUCCUAUCCCCGGCUCCGGACAGAGCUCUCUGGUGAUGACUGCACAGCCCUUCCAGUCUGCUCAGGGGGAGGAGGUGCGCCUGGGUCAGCCCGGCUGUCCAGGAGGAAACGACCUCACCAGAGCGCUGCACCGACUGUCGCUGCGGCGCCAGAACUUCCUGUGCGAGCGGCAGUUCUUCCAGGCCGAGCGCGAGAAGAAGCUUCAGGCCCUGUCGGCGGCCCCGGGGGUCGACGGGGACGAGAGCGGCUGCAGCUCGCCGAUGGGCAGCGUGCUCUCCUCGUUCUCCAACCUGUCAGAGCUCUCCAUCAGCUCCAGCGUUUUCAAGACCUUCCUGCCCGAGAAGCUCCAGAUUGUCAAGCCCAUGGAAGGCUCGCUGACGCUCCACCACUGGCAGCAGCUGGCCAAACCCCACCUGGCCACCAUCCUGGACCCACACCCCGGCGUGGUGACCAAGGGCUUCCGCCCGCUGGCUCAGGACGCCGUGUACCGGCUGUCUGACAUGGAGGAGGACGAGGAGGACGAAGAGCAGGUUGGUGUCCUGGAGAAGGGGGCGGCGGAGAGAGGGAAGGAGGAGGAGGAGGAGGAGGAGGAGGAGGAAGGCGGGAUCACCUUCAACGUCCGCUGUUCUUCUACACCAGAGGAGAGGAAGGACAGGAACCGUUCGGUGUCGCCUCUCCCCCUCCGCCCUCUCUCCUCCACCCUGCCGGCAUCGCCCGCCACGCCUGCCGCUUCGUCGUCGGUGCGAUCAGACGUCUGUCUCACACCGCGACACGUCACAGACAAAUCCAGCCUAUCAGCUCAGUCCAUUCCAGUCGCCUCCACGGCAACGGUCCAAUCACAGAGUCUGGUUUGUACCACGACAUCAGCGACAGCUUCCUCCUCCGUCCAAAACCCAGGCAAGUGUCAGAGCUCCACCUUCUCCACCUACACCUUCACCACCUGCCGCAUCCUGCACCCGAGUGACAUCACACAGGUGACCGCAAGUUCUCAGUCGUCCCUGAUGGCCAACACCCCCAGCUCCAUGAGGACCGGCCCCAGCACCCCCGUCACUCCCUGCAGGCUGAGUCUGGGCGACUCCUUCCCCCCUCGCCGGCCCGCUGCAGCCCCCUGUGGUCUGGCCAAGCUGGUCCUGGAGAGGGGCAUUUCCGCACAAGUCUCCACCGACACCCCCCCUGCAUCCCCGAAACCCGCCUCCCGGCAGCCCCUCUUUCACCUCAUGCCCAGCACCCCCCCUAACUCCCCCUCACACUCCCCUGCUCCCUCCCCGGUUCCUAUGGAGCCCCGGCAGCACUCGGCUGACAAUUUCCUCGCCUCUCGGCCUGCAGAGCUUUUCCUCCAAGACGUUUACGGGUUGAACCUGGGCCGCGCCCCGCAUCCCGACCUGCCCAGCCCCUCCCAGGAAGCCCCAGGCCUCGUCUCCACCGCCAAGUCAGGCCGAGGCCGGCCGGACCCGGUGAACGUGGGCCUGGUGGAGAGGCUGCGGCGGCUGGGGUUCACUAAGGUGCUGCACGGCUCAGAGUCUGACGCUUCGGCGCCUCGCCAGGAUUCGGCCACGUUUGUGUCAGCGGGCGGAGGGAGCCUGUUGGACGGCCUGAGGCGCAACCAGAGCCUCCCGGCCAUGAUCGGCGCCCGGGCGGGGAAGUCGACCGCUAACCCUCCUCCUCACCCCACUUCCCUGGCUCUGCCCCCGCCCCCAUGGGGGAACCUUAAAGAACGCCGCAGACAUCUCGCCUCCGUCUCCAACCCAAACUCAGCCAAGCGCUGAGGGCAGGAGGCGGGUCCAGAACUCCAGAACUCCUCCCUCACACCUCCACCCCAUCUCUCCUCCUUUCUGCCUUCGGAGAGAGAAGUCAGGGCCAGAACAAUCCCUCCUUUUUAUGACUUCAUUUUAAAGCACAAUUUAACUGAACUGACUGUUUCUGUGUGUAGACGUCUGCCAUGAUGCUAGUUCAUAAGGCCUUAGCUUGCCUCCGAGCGGGUUAUUCUCUUCUUAGGUUCGCUAGUUCUCCGGAUGUCCAGGUGCAGGUAGGGGAAGAAGGGACAACAUGUAAGUGUACGAGGGUUUGUGGAAGUGGAUCAGAAGAGAGUGAGAGGAAGGAAGUGUGUGAAAGCGAGGGACAGUGUGAUCUGUUUAGAAGAGAAAGGAAGGUGGUGAGAGUGAAAAUGAGCAUCCGGAGUCUUGCAGUUUCAAGGGCUUGUUCUGUCGUGGGUUAGAAAAGCUUUAGUGUGUAGUAGAGCAGCAUCAUGCUAGCCCAGUGGAAGGUUUAAGGACACAUGCCUUUAGAGUCAGAAGAGAACUUGCUUUUAUUACUUGAGGACUAGCUGGAAGACUUUAAGCGCUAGCUGGCUCAUCAGCGUACUGCCAGGCUAAUCUUGUAGUCGGACCAUGCCUCCAAACACGCCAGUAUUAAUUCAUAUGAUAAUGAUUUUACAGUAGUCCAGUGUUUGCACGGAUGUCUGGUAACCGUCCAUGUGCCGUGGCCGAGCGUCUGCAUGAGAAGCAACCUUGCCUACAGGUCCCAGCAUGCACCUGUCUGCAGACGGGUGGGGCCAGACUGAAGGCGAGGUCAGAACCAAAUCGGGCGCCAGGCAAAAAAAAAAAAAAAAAGGAGAAAAGGGUCGGCCUUUUCCUUCAGGUCCUUGUGUUUUAUGUGUGUUUUUUUAAUGGUAUGAGGCCUUAAGUAGAAGCCAGCACUGUUCUGAUUUGAGUUCCUGUUAAGCCAUGUUUGUACAUACUAGCUGCACUCGGUGGGGGCUGGAGGUUCGGUUCAUUUGAGGAUCACUGCUCGGUCGGUCACCACGGGGGUAAAAUGUUUUUAAAGAGAAUCGGUACAGCUUUCAGCCAUCAUGCUCGUCUCAGGCCUGUUCAGGUUAAGAGGGAAAAACCACUUCGUUUAGCCGUGUGUCACAUCCAGGCGGUUGUUUUCUGUGUUUAAAAUGUCUCGGAUUUCCUUCACGCACGUGUGCGGUUCACACGUUGGCCAGCAGGUGGCAGCAUCCUAACAGGAGUUAACAUGUUAAAGUACCUUCUAAGAUUCUGUACAUUAGAGCUUUGACCCCGGCUGCUGUUCCUAACAUCCACCCACCCCGCUGACCCUCCCACCCAGUAACUGCACUUUUACUUUUGUAUUUAACCUUUAUUAAUUUACUGACAACACUGACAUAAGAGUUUAACAUAUUAAUGAAGAAAACUUAGCAUAAUGUGUGCCUGUUGUAACGACGUCCGCUAACAUUUUAAGAUUUUAAUAUAUGCAGCGUUUUGUUUUUGCUUUUCACAUGAAGGGAAUCCAAAUCAAGCUAAAAGUGUUAUUUUUUAUUAUUAUUAUUUUGGAAGUAAUGGAAUUACUCUGGCUUUAUGUUUCUGUGACGCAUUUUAAGCUAAUUAGCGCUACCGUGUUUUUAAAAAGAGCUUCAGCUAAACGUUUUGUAAGAAGGAAGGCACAUCCAGACUGUUCAUAUCUCUAGAUUAGCUCUUUAGAUUAGUCGUCCAGUUGUUCCUUGUAAAGCAGGAGGUUCAGGUUUGUGUCUUUCUUUGGCUAAAACAUUCUUCCUCAUUCUCCCCUCUGAGAUCAUGUUUCCUUCAUGGCUAUUAUUCGGUUGCCUCUUUUUUUAAAUAAAGCAAUAUAAAUAUAA